ACGAUGAAGAUGAAUAAUAAUCUGGUGAUCUAUAUAUACACUGCCUUCACAUUGAUCAGCAACGGAAUCAUCUCUGAUCUCAGCUGCAUACGUUGUCACUAGCUCAGUAGCUCACUGGUCACCCGCUCACUGGUCAUGGCCGGAGAAGAAGGUGAGACGGGGGCGGCGGCGAUCCCUCUGCUGACGCCGUACAGGGCGGGCAGCGGCGAGCUGGAGCUGGCGCACAGGGUGGUGCUGGCGCCGCUGACGAGGCAGCGGUCCCCGGGGAACCUCCCGCAGCCGCACGCCGCCGUCUACUACGCGCAGCGCGCGACGGCCGGCGGGAUGCUCAUCACGGAGGCCACGGGCGUGUCCGCCGCUGCGCAGGGCCACCGGCCCACCCCGGGCGUCUGGACGGCCGAGCAGGUGGACGCGUGGCGGCCCGUCGUCGACGCCGUGCACGCCAAGGGCGCGGUCAUCUUCUGCCAGCUCUGGCACGUCGGGCGCGUCGUCGGAAAGCUCCGGCCGGACGGGACGCCCGCGGGGACGCCGCGGCCGGUGUCCAGCACCGGCAGGCCGAUCGCGACCCCGCGGAUGAACGACGGCGUCGAGGAGGAGUUUGCGACGCCCAGACGGCUGGAUGUGGCGGAGAUCGCCGGCGUCGUCGACGACUUCAGGAGGGCAGCAAGGAACGCCGUCGACGCCGGGUUCGACGGCGUGGAGAUCCAUGGCGCGCACGGGUACCUCGUGGAGCAGUUCCUCAAGGACAGUGCCAACGACCGCGACGACGAGUAUGGCGGCAGCCUAGAGAACAGGUGUCGUUUCGCGCUUGAGGUGGUCACCGCCGUGGCUGAUGAGAUCGGGGGCCGCCGCGUGGGCGUCCGCCUCUCGCCCUUUGCCGACUACAUGGACUGCCACGACUCCGACCCGCACGCCCUUGCGCUCCACAUGGCCACCAAGCUCAAAGGCAUCCCCGGCGGCAUCCUCUACCUCCACAUGGUGGAGCCAAGGAUGGCACGCGCCGAUGGUCGGCGGGUGGUGCCGAAGAGGCUGCGGCCGUACCGGGAGGCAUUUGGCGGGACAUUCAUCGCUGCCGGCGGAUACGACCGGGAGGAGGGGAAUAAGGUGGUCGGAGAGGGGUACGCCGACCUAGUGGCAUUUGGGCGGCUUUUCCUAGCCAACCCGGACCUUCCGAAGAGGUUUGAGUUCGACGCGAAGCUCAACGGGUACAACAGGGCCACCUUCUACACCUCCGACCCUGUUGUUGGCUACACCGACUAUCCAUUUUUGGGCUGACCGACUCAUCGUUCACUGGUGGAGCUGAAUAUGUGUUUGACAUUCCAGAUAUAAUUUCAACAACAUUUUGAAUAUAUAUGUGAUUAGGUCUCUCAAUCCGUCCACUUCACUAAUAUCAAAUGUUCUAUGGGUUUGUCGAAAACAAGAUAUUGUAUUGCUAUUUGCUAGUGGUUUAUUUUAGUCGACCCUCAU